GCUCGAUCUGAAUCUCAAGCCCUCUGCCCGUGUAUCAAAACAAUUCACUCUUCUCCUUUCAUCUCCUCCUCAUUCCUUUUACUCUUCGUUUCCAAUUCUUAUGCAAUUCGAACCCCAGCAACCGUGUAGACUCACCGAGUCGACUUGACUCCAUUUCUGACUCAGAUAAUUCGCUCAGCUCCCAAGUAAAGAGAGAUAAAACGAACCCUAGCAUUUCGUUGUCCAUUUCCUAGAUCUGAGUUGGUGAGUGAGGUGUUAUAUCCCACUCGGGAAUGGCUUCUGCGGAAGCCGAUUCCCGCAUGAGCCAAGUGGUAGCCCCAGCCCUAGAGAAGAUCAUCAAGAACGCUUCGUGGCGGAAGCACUCGAAACUCGCUCACCAAUGCAAAUCUCUUCUCGAAAGACUCACUUCUCCGACGAAGUCGCCUGUCUCUCCGUCAGAUUCGGAGCCCGACAGCUCGAUCCCUGGACCACUACACGACGGCGGCCCAGUAGAAUAUUCCCUCGCUGAAUCAGAGACCAUUCUCAGCCCUCUGAUCAACGCUUGCGCCACUGCCUUCAAUAAGAUCGUCGAUCCAGCCGUUGAUUGCAUCCAGAAGUUAAUCGCCUAUGGCUACCUACGCGGCGAAGCGGACCCCACUGGAGGCCCUGAGGCUCAGCUCUUAUCCAAAUUGAUUGAAUCCGUCUGUAAAUGCCACGAUUUAGGCGACGAUGCCGUUGAAUUAUUGGUUUUGAAAACGCUUUUAUCCGCGGUAACUUCCAUCUCACUGCGAAUUCACGGUGACUGUUUGUUGCAAAUUGUGAGGACUUGCUAUGAUAUUUACUUAGGGAGUAAAAAUGUGGUUAAUCAAACUACGGCAAAAGCCUCUUUGAUUCAAAUGUUAGUGAUUGUUUUUAGGAGGAUGGAGGCUGAUUCAUCAACAGUCCCAAUUCAGCCUAUUGUAGUGGCUGAAUUGAUGGAGCCAGUUGAGAAAUCAGAUGCUGAUGGAUCAAUGACUCAGUUUGUUCAAGGUUUUAUAACUAAAAUUAUGCAGGACAUUGACGGAGUGUUGAAUCCAGUGGCGCCAAGUAAGGUUUCUUUAGGUGGCCACGAUGGUGCAUUUGAAACAACCACUGUUGAAACCACAAAUCCGGCUGAUUUGUUGGAUUCGACUGAUAAGGAUAUGUUGGAUGCGAAAUAUUGGGAGAUUAGUAUGUAUAAGACAGCACUGGAAGGGAGGAAAGGAGAGUUGGCAGAUGGGGAAGUAGAGAGAGAUGAUGAUUUGGAGGUUCAGAUUGGGAAUAAGUUGAGAAGGGAUGCGUUUUUGGUGUUUAGAGCACUUUGCAAGUUGUCGAUGAAGACACCGCCUAAAGAGGCUCUGGCAGAUCCCCAGUUGAUGAGAGGGAAGAUUGUGGCGCUUGAGUUGUUGAAGAUUUUGUUGGAGAAUGCUGGAGCUGUUUUCAGAACAAGUGAAAGGUUUUUAGGUGCCAUAAAGCAAUACUUGUGUCUGUCACUAUUGAAAAACAGUGCUUCGACUCUUAUGAUUGUUUUCCAGCUUUCUUGCUCCAUUUUUAUUAGUCUGGUGUCAAGGUUUCGAGCUGGAUUGAAAGCAGAGAUUGGAGUAUUUUUUCCUAUGAUUGUUCUCCGGGUCUUGGAAAAUGUUGCUCAACCUAAUUUUCAGCAAAAGAUGAUAGUUCUUCGUUUUCUCGACAAGCUUUGUGUCGAUUCACAGAUCUUGGUAGAUAUCUUUAUCAACUAUGAUUGUGAUGUCAAUUCAUCAAACAUAUUUGAGAGAAUGGUCAAUGGACUUCUGAAAACAGCUCAAGGUGUUCCUCCUGGCACAGCUACAACACUGUUGCCACCCCAGGAAGCAACCAUGAAACUCGAAGCUAUGAAGUGUUUAGUGGCUAUUUUAAAAUCAAUGGGAGACUGGAUGAACAAACAGUUGCGCAUUCCAGAUUCUCAUUCUACCAAGAGAUCUGAAGCAGUUGAGAACAGUCCUGAACCUGGAAAUGUCCCCAUGGCGAAUGGGAAUGGGGAUGAGCCUGUUGAAGGAUCAGAUUCUCAUUCUGAAGCCUCUAGUGAAGCUUCUGAUGUUUUGACAAUUGAGCAACGUCGAGCUUACAAGCUUGAACUUCAGGAAGGUAUAUCGCUAUUUAAUCGGAAACCUAAGAAAGGAAUUGAAUUUCUAAUUAAAGCUAAUAAGGUUGGUGACUCCCCAGAGGAGAUAGCUGCUUUUCUAAAAAAUGCAUCUGGUCUGAACAAAACAUUGAUUGGUGAUUAUCUUGGAGAAAGGGAGGAUUUAUCACUUAAAGUGAUGCAUGCCUAUGUUGACUCCUUUGACUUUCAAGGCAUGGAGUUUGAUGAGGCAAUCCGAGCCUUUUUGCAAGGUUUUAGAUUGCCUGGUGAGGCACAAAAGAUUGAUCGAAUCAUGGAAAAGUUUGCUGAACGGUACUGCAAAUGUAACCCAAAGGCUUUCAUCAGUGCUGAUACAGCUUAUGUUCUUGCUUACUCUGUCAUAAUGCUCAAUACCGAUGCUCAUAACCCUAUGGUCAAGAACAAGAUGUCAGCUGAUGAUUUCAUAAGAAACAAUCGUGGCAUAGAUGAUGGAAAAGAUUUGCCGGAAGAGUACUUGAGAUCAUUAUUUGAACGGAUAUCAAGAAAUGAGAUCAAAAUGAAAGAAGAUGAUUUGUCUGUGCAACAGAAGCAGUCAGUGAACUCCAACAAAAUAUUAGGUUUGGACAGUAUCUUGAACAUUGUAAUACGUAAACGUGAUGAAGACCAGCAUAUGGAGACCAGUGAUGAUCUUAUCAGGCACAUGCAAGAACAAUUUAAAGAGAAAGCUCGCAAAUCUGAGUCUGUUUAUUAUGCAGCCACAGAUGUGGUGAUUCUCAGAUUCAUGGUUGAGGCAUGCUGGGCUCCUAUGUUAGCUGCCUUCAGUGUGCCUCUUGACCAAAGUGAUGAUGAAGUAGUGAUAGCAUUGUGUCUUGAAGGCUUCCGUUAUGCAAUCCACGUCACUGCUGUGAUGUCCAUGAAAACUCAUAGAGAUGCUUUUGUGACUUCAUUAGCAAAGUUUACUUCGCUGCACUCUCCUGCAGAUAUUAAGCAGAAAAAUAUAGAUGCAAUCAAGGCAAUAGUUACAAUUGCAGAUGAAGAUGGAAAUUAUUUACAAGAAGCUUGGGAGCAUAUUUUGACAUGUGUGUCCCGGUUUGAGCAUUUGCAUCUCUUGGGAGAGGGCGCUCCUCCAGAUGCCACUUUCUUUGCCUUUCCUCAGAAUGAGUCAGAAAAAUCUAAGCAAGCUAAGUCAGCUGUCCUUCCUGUUUUAAAGAAGAAGGGACCAGGAAGAAUUCAGUAUGCUGCUGCUGCUGUGAUGAGGGGCUCAUAUGAUAGUGCUGGUAUUGGAGGCAAUACUGCUGGGGCUGUCACAUCUGAACAGAUGAACAAUUUAGUCUCUAAUCUCAACAUGCUAGAACAAGUUGGAAGCUCUGAAAUGAAUCGUAUAUUCACACGUAGUCAAAAAUUGAAUAGUGAGGCUAUCAUAGAUUUUGUUAAGGCUCUAUGCAAGGUGUCCAUGGAGGAGUUGCGAUCUACAUCUGAUCCUCGGGUUUUUAGCCUUACAAAGAUUGUUGAGAUUGCGCACUAUAACAUGAACCGGAUCAGGCUUGUAUGGUCAAGCAUCUGGCUUGUACUUUCUGAUUUCUUUGUGACCAUUGGCUGUUCUGAAAACCUGUCAAUUGCAAUUUUUGCAAUGGACUCUUUACGGCAGCUAUCGAUGAAAUUUUUGGAGCGAGAAGAGUUGGCUAAUUACAAUUUUCAGAAUGAAUUUAUGAAGCCUUUUGUCAUUGUUAUGCGUAAGAGUAGUGCUGUUGAAAUCCGAGAAUUAAUCAUCAGAUGUGUCUCACAGAUGGUAUUAUCUCGUGUCAAUCAUGUCAAGUCAGGAUGGAAGAGCAUGUUCAUGGUUUUCACUACUGCAGCUUAUGACGACCACAAAAACAUUGUACUGCUAGCCUUUGAAAUAAUGGAGAAGAUUAUUCGAGACUAUUUCCCAUACAUUACUGAAACUGAAACAACCACAUUCACAGAUUGUGUGAACUGCUUAAUUGCAUUCACCAAUAGUAGAUUCAACAAAGACAUUAGUCUCAAUGCAAUUGCUUUUCUACGUUUCUGUGCGACCAAACUUGCAGAAGGGGAUCUUGGCUCUUCAUCAAAGAAUAAGGAUAAGGAAUCUGGGAAGAUUUCUCCAUCUUCACCUCACAAGGGAAAAGAUGGAAGACAAGAUAAUGGAGAGCUAAUGGAUAAGGAUGGUCAUCUCUAUUUCUGGUUUCCUUUGUUGGCUGGUUUAUCAGAACUUAGCUUUGACCCUAGGCCAGAAAUUAGGAAGAGUGCUUUGCAAGUGCUGUUUGAAACUUUGCGCAACCAUGGUCACCUCUUCUCACUGCCUUUGUGGGAAAGGGUGUUCGAAUCUGUCCUUUUUCCAAUAUUUGACUAUGUGCGUCAUGCUAUUGAUCCAUCAGGUGGUGACUCACCUGAGCAGGGAAUUGUUAAUGAUGAGGGUGAACUUGAUCAGGAUGCAUGGCUCUAUGAGACAUGUACAUUGGCACUCCAAUUAGUUGUAGAUCUUUUUGUGAAUUUUUAUAAUACUGUCAAUCCACUUUUGAGAAAGGUUCUCUCUUUACUUGUAAGUUUCAUCAAGCGUCCCCACCAAAGCCUAGCUGGUAUUGGUAUUGCUGCAUUUGUCCGUUUGAUGAGCAAUGCUGGUGAUCUUUUUUCUGAGGAAAAGUGGCUGGAAGUAGUUUCUUCUUUAAAAGAAGCAGCUAAGGCAACACUUCCCGAUUUUUCCUACGUUGUUAGUGGAGAUAGCAUGGUUGGAAGCAAAGAACAUGCUUUGAAUGGCGAAAGUAAUGAGGUGUCUACUAGUUCUGACACACCUCAUGGUGAUUCAGAGAGCCUGAGAACACAGCGUCUUUAUUCUUCUUUAUCUGAUGCUAAGUGCCGAGCUGCUGUUCAGCUUUUAUUGAUACAGGCGGUGAUGGAAAUUUACAACAUGUAUCGAACUCACCUUUCAGCUAAGAACACCUUAGUCCUCUUUGAUGCAAUGCAUGAUGUUGCAUCCCAUGCUCACAGGAUCAACAACAGUACUAUACUACGUUCCAAGCUUCAAGAGUUUGGUCCCAUGACCCAAAUGCAGGAUCCUCCACUAUUGCGUCUUGAGAAUGAGUCGUAUCAAUUUUGCCUAACUUUCUUGCAGAAUCUGAUAUUGGAUAGGCCUCCUAGGUAUGAGGAGGCUGAAGUCGAGUCACAUCUUGUUGAUCUUUGCCAGGAGGUGUUACUGUUUUAUAUAGAAACUGCUUGCUCUGGACAGACUUCUGAAACAUCUCUCAAUGGGCAAACCCAAUGGAUGGUUCCUUUAGGUUCUGGAAAACGAAGGGAAUUGGCUGCCCGCGCACCUCUUAUUGUGGCGACUCUCCAGGCCAUUUGUAGCUUGGGAGACACUUUGUUCGAGAAGAACUUACCUCUGUUCUUCCCACUUCUUUCGAGCUUGAUAAGUUGUGAGCAUGGUUCGAAUGAGGUCCAGGUAGCUCUCAGUGAUAUGCUGAGCUCCACAGUGGGUCCUGUUUUGCUUCGAUCAUGUUGAUCUUGGCGAAAUAUUGACUCUGUUUUGGAUGUAUGAUAUAUAUGUUUCUCUUUUCCUCUUAUCUAACUCCAUAGUUUUCCAUUUUCUUCUUUAGUUUAUAAUAAUUGUUCACCGGAAAUAUAGUUGUCAGUGUAUGAAGAGUUUAGAGUUGCUUUUGAAUUGGCUAGUGCUUCUGAACAUGCUGUAGUUUAUGUGAGAGAACAGCCAUACUCUUCAGAAUUUUAUAGAUAUCAUCAUCGAGGGAAUUUUGUGUUG